GUUAAAAAACACCCCCGGCAGCGGGCGCACGUGAAGGCGAUGAACAACAGUUUGGUCUGGUUUCUGUUGUGUAUUAUGCAAUUAUACUGUGUGAAAAUUGUGGAAAACUGCCUGAAUUGAAUGCGUUUGCCGAGUGUCAACUGUUUGGGGCUCAACACGUAGCGGCAACAAUCCGAAAUGUAUCGUUUGCUGAGCGCAAAUCGAGCCGCGGCCAUGCACAAAGUGCUCCGAGUGCCACCCACAGCCACCACAACGGCGUGCUGCGAUUGCGGCGGUGGUUCUGUAUCGCAGAAUUUCGUACAUUAUCAGCAGUAUUAUCAAAUGCUAUACCGCCAAAUGCCGGCAAUAACUGCAACACCAUUCGCACGCCCACAGACCACAGCACCGACCCAGACGGAUGCCCAGACGCAAGGCAAGAAGAAGCGCUUGCGCAAGCCACGCUUCGCCAAGUAUGUGGAGCUCCUAGAGGUCACUGAGCUGACCGCCAGCGAACGAAAGUCGCGCGUAAAGCGCCUCAAGUCAAAGAAGCUGGCCGAGUUCAUACAGAAAACCCAACAGCAAAUACUGGACAAGCGGGCACGGGAGGAGAAACGCGGCUUGAAGAAGAGCAGUAAAGGCGGCCUGGAGCCGGCCCAACGGCAGCCCGUGGAGUAUCAGAAAAUCGAUAUGGAGGCAUUGGAUGGGUCCAUUUUGGAGUCAGGCAUUUAUGAUGACCGGCCCAUGCUCUUUUUUGGCAAGGAUGAGUACACUAAACAGAUUAUCGCGAAUCCCGAAGAGGUGCAGAAUAUCCUGAAGAGUUUUCACAAUUUCCGUGACAUCAUUGAGAGCAUGGGCAAUGAGCAGCAGGAAGCCGAUUUCGGCCUCACUGCACCCAAGCACGGGGAGGAGCUGGAAGCGUUGGAUCCCUUUGAGGCCAUAGAACCCUACAUCAAUCCCUUGGACAAGAGCAGACCCGCCGUCACAGCUCCCGUGGUGCCCAGCGUCAAUGCUGUUACAGCCAAAUCCAAGAAGCGAUUCAAGUCAAAAGUUCACGUAAAUGAGGAGCAGGAGCGUCUGGGCAAGCAGCGGGCAUUGCAAAUCAAUCUGCACACCUAUUUGAAUGUCUGUGUCUCCGCCAAUAUGCUGAGUCGAGCCCUGUCCACCAUCAUUGCCUAUCGCAGUCGGAUCAAGAAGAGCACGAGUCCCCGUCUAACCGAAGGCCUGCUCACCACUGACCUCUACAACAUCCUGCUGCAUGGGUAUGCGGGCAAGGGAGCCUUUGAUCGCUUCGAGGAUAUCUUUAAGCUGCUCGAAGAGGAUGGCCUGACGUUCAACGAGCAAACCUAUGCAGCCGUUUUCGAGUGUUUGGGUCGCUUGGAGCCAGACGAGCAGAACCAGCAGCUGCUCAGCCAGUACAUAGCACAAGCGGAGCAGGAAGGAUUCACACUGAACCAAAUAAUGGAUAGGUCGAAAUUCGUUGCCGAUCAGCGUGACAUUGCCCUGGAUGCGCUGCGUCGGAUUCGUUCUGACUUCACGCCCGUCUAUGUGCCGCCGCAGCUGGGCUAUGACAACGAGCUGCUGAAUCAUCUGAACGAGCAUGUGCUGCCAGUGGGCGCCGAGAAUGGAGGCAGUAUACAGCAGGAUGCCGACUAUGCCAUAAUGAACUCGAGGCGAGGCUACGGCAAGGCGCAGCUGGAGCAACUUGCGCGGGAUCAGCUGAAGGUGGAACUGGACGGCUGCAUCACCAUUAAAUCGAUCGAGAAGACGAAAGAGUUUGCCAAUGCUGAUAAAUGCCGCGAACGACUGAAGGAGCUGGAGCAGAGUUGGCGCAAACAAAUCUCGACGGCCAUUGUGCGCGACCUGAACACGUUGCGUGCCCAGGUGCGCUUCAAGCCGCAUGGCUACAUGAACUACUACACAUAUCUGAAGGCGCUGGACAGCACACACUUUGCCGACAUCCUCAUCAAGGAGCUGUACAAGCUGGCCGAAGGCUCGGAGACUUUCAGUCCGACGGUGGGGCAGCUGUAUAAGGAACUGGGCGAGAAGGUGCAGCAACGCUACCAGAUCGAACAGAAGAAGCACAACGGCACGCUCGAGAAGAUUGGCGAGAUCUACAGUUCGUAUUGUGAUCUGUGGGACAGUGGCAAUACCCAGGAUAAUUCGCGUCAGGCGUGGCAGCGGCUGGUGCACGAGCAGCGGGAGAGUGGACCCAGCAUGGAUCUGCCCGAGGUGCCGUGGCCCACGAAUGUGCUGGCCGGCGUCGGAAGAUUUCUGUACAACAUUCUGAUGCGCGACAUCAAGAUCGAUCCGCACAUAAUGCGUCAGAAGAGUAAAUCGAAGACCGUCGCCUCACAGAAUCUGCUACCCGCCUUCUAUACAUUGUUCCGCAAUCAGGGUCGCCUCGUCAAGGAGGAGGUAAAGCCGCAUCCGGUGCUCUCCAGAUUACUGCGUGCCUCGCGCCAGCAGACACUCACCUUUGACUCGAAUCUGGUGCCGAUGCUGUGUCCGCCGCAGCCCUGGAGCACGCCCCACAAUGGCGGCUACCUGCUGAACAAAUCCGAGCUGAUUCGCUUGCCCCAUCAGGCCAUUCAGCAGUGGGAUCGUAUACGGGCCUCGAAUCCACAGCAUCUCUACCCAGCGCUGGACUCGCUCAACCAACUGGCCAGCGUUCCGUGGCGUGUGAACACCCAGCUGCUGGAUGUCAUCGUCGAGGUAUUCCAGAACGGUGGCAAUGCCAAGCUGGAUGUGCCCCAGCCGCCCAGUUCCCUGCCCCCGCUGCCCACUCUCCUCAAAAAAAGCGACGGCAGCGGCGUCUCCAGUACGGAUCUGGCCAAACAGUUCCGCGAGAAGCUCGGCCAUCGACGGAAGAAGGCCGAGAUGUACAGUCUGUGGUGCGAUGCCCUCUACAGGCUAUCGCUGGCUCAGCAUUACCGCGACAAGGUCUUCUGGCUGCCACACAACAUGGACUUUCGGGGACGCGUCUAUCCAGUGCCGCCUCAUCUGAACCAUUUGGGCUCGGACCUGGCUCGUUCGAUGCUCAUCUUUGAUCAGGCCCAGCCCCUGGGCGUCGAUGGUUUCAGUUGGCUCAAGUUGCACUGCAUCAAUCUGACGGGCCUCAAGAAGCGCGAUUCGGUGCGCGAGCGUCUGCUGUACGCGGAGGAGAUCAUGGACGAGAUACUGGACUCGGCGGAUAAUCCGCUCACUGGUGGCAUGUGGUGGGCCAAGUCGGACACACCCUGGCAGACAUUGGGCUGCUGCAUGGAGAUAGCCAAGGUACAUCGUUCGCCCGAUCCAGCCGCCUAUAUGAGUCGCUUUCCCAUACACCAGGACGGCUCCUGCAACGGACUGCAGCAUUAUGCGGCCUUGGGUCGCGACAAGGCGGGUGCUGUCAGCGUCAACCUGGCCCCAUCGGCCAUACCGCAGGAUGUGUACAGUGCGGUGGCCACGCUGGUGGAGCGCAGUCGGAAGAGCGAUGCACAGAACGGGCUGCAUGUGGCCGAGGCUCUGGCUGGAUUUGUGCGCCGUAAGGUGAUCAAGCAGACGGUGAUGACCACCGUCUAUGGUGUGACCCGCUACGGGGCCCGACUGCAGAUAGCGCGCCAGCUGAAGGACAUCGAUGACUUCCCCAGGGAUUGGGUGUGGCCUGCAUCCACUUACCUCACGACCAAGACGUUCGAGAGUCUACGCGAGAUGUUCACCUCGACGCGAGAGAUCCAAGACUGGUUCACGGAGUGUGCGCGUCUCAUUUCGGGCGUGUGCAGCCAGAACGUCGAGUGGACGACACCGCUGGGCCUGCCCGUGGUGCAGCCAUACAACCGGCAGGAGAUCAAACACACAUCCCGAACCGGACUGCGGGUCAACGCCCACAUGGCCAUGGAUAUGUACGAGCGGCCCAACAUUCUCAAGCAGAAGAACGCCUUUCCGCCGAACUUUAUCCACUCGCUGGACUCGUCGCACAUGAUGCUCACCUCGCUGCACUGCGAGCGGCAGGGCAUCACCUUUGUGUCCGUGCACGACUGCUUCUGGACGCAUGCGUGCACGGUGCCGGAGCUGAAUCGCAGUUGCCGCGAGCAGUUUGUGGCCCUCCACUCGCAGCCAAUUCUCGAGCAGCUCUCCGACUUUAUGCGCAACACCUACAGCUUUAAAGACAACGACUUCACAAACGAUGGCUCCGUGGAGGAUCUAUCCAAGCGACAGCUGAAUCGCACCCUCAAGCAACUGCCCCAAAAGGGGGACUUUGAGCUGCACAACGUCCUCGACUCGAUCUACUUCUUCAGCUAGAAUAACCCCACUAGAGCUACACGUACAUAAAAACAAACAACAGUGCCUAAUUUUAAUUUUAUUCAUUAGCUUUACACUUUUACAAUAUUGCUAUUUAAUUUGUUGAACAAUUCGGCCUUUGAUACCAAAAACAAAAACCCAACCGGAUCGUGUCGAGAGGAUCGGAUCGAUGCCAAAUGUGAUUUUGUAGACGUUUAUUACAUAAACUUUAUUAUGUGAAAGAUUCCUAUUAAAAUGAUGCUUAUUAA